CAGUUCCACACCACCUUGCAGCACAGAUCAGAGACGCCGGUAAUAGUCACCCUGUGGAUUAUGACAAGAAGUACCACUACUUAACACAGCGCAACAACUUUCUCCUGACGUUUACACCCUUUCAGAUCCGAAUUUUUGUUUUAUUUUUUUUUAUCUCCCCAACAGUUUUUACUGUAGACGACGCUAAAGAAGACAGAAAGACAGACGUAUUCGCUGAAGAUGUCAGUGGUGGGAUUUGACUUGGGCUUCCAAAGCUGCUAUGUAGCCGUAGCCCGAGCCGGCGGAAUCGAGACAAUCGCCAAUGAGUACAGCGACAGGUGUACACCGUCAUUUGUAUCAUUCGGACCCCGAAAUCGAUCUAUAGGAGCUGCCGCAAAGAGCCAGGUGGUGACUAAUUGUAAGAACACGGUUCAGGGCUUCAAGCGCUUCCAUGGCAGAGCCUUCUCGGACCCGUACGUCCAGGCCGCCAAGUCUCAUCUGGUGUACGACCUGGCACAGAUGCCCUCCGGGUCCACUGGUAUAAAAGUGAUGUACAUGGAGGAAGAGCGAGUGUUCAGCAUCGAGCAGGUCACCGGGAUGCUGCUGACCAAGCUGAAGGAGACGGCUGAAAGCACGCUGAAGAAACCGGUUGCAGACUGCGUCAUCUCGGUACCGAGCUAUUUCACUGACGCAGAGAGGAGGUCUGUCAUGGAAGCAGCUCAGAUCGCAGGCCUCAACUGUCUACGGCUAAUGAAUGAAACCACUGCAGUGACUCUCGCAUAUGGAAUCUACAAGCAGGACCUGCCGGCUCCGGAGGAGAAGCCCAGGAUAGUGGUGUUCGUGGACCUGGGCCACUCCGGUUACCAGGUGUCGGUUUGUGCCUUCAACAAGGGAAAGCUCAAGAUCCUGGCUACGGCGUUCGAUCCCGAGCUCGGCGGGAAGGACUUCGACGACAUCCUGGUCAACCACUUCUGCGAGGAGUUCGGGAAGAAGUACAAGCUGGACGUGAGGUCCAAGCCCAGAGCGCUGGUGCGCCUCUACCAGGAGUGCGAGAAGCUGAAGAAGCUGAUGAGCGCCAACUCCUCUGACCUGCCUCUCAACAUCGAGUGCUUCAUGAACGACAUCGACGUUUCCAGUAAACUCAACAGAGGCCAGUUUGAGGAGAUGUGUGCAGCGCUGCUGGCCAAAGUAGAGGGUCCCCUCCGCAGCGUCAUGGAACAAGCCAAGCUGAAGAAGGAAGACGUCUACGCGGUGGAGAUCGUGGGCGGCGCCUCCAGAAUCCCCUCCCUCAAAGAGCGGAUCAGCAAAUUCUUCGGCAAAGAGCUGAGCACCACCCUGAACGCGGACGAGGCCGUGGCCCGGGGCUGUGCUCUGCAGUGUGCGAUCCUGUCACCAGCUUUCAAAGUCAGAGAGUUCUCCAUAACGGAUGUCGUCCCGUAUCCCAUCUCCCUGAAAUGGAAUUCAGCUGCAGAGGAGGGACUGAGCGAUUGUGAGGUUUUCUCAAAGAAUCACGCAGCUCCUUUCUCCAAAGUACUGACCUUCUACAGGAAGGAGCCCUUCACCCUUGAAGCCUACUACAGCAGCCCCAAGGAGUUACCCUACCCCCAGACCACCAUAGGCCAGUUCCUGGUCCAGAACGUGGUUCCUCAGGCGUCCGGGGAAAGCGCCAAGGUGAAGGUGAAAGUUCGCGUCAACGUCCACGGCGUGUUCAGCGUCGCCGGCGCGUCGCUAGUAGAAGUCAUCAAAACAGCUGAGGGGGAGGAGCCGAUGGAGACGGACCAGACGGCGAAGGAGGAGGAGAACAAAAUGCAGGUGGACCAGGAGGAUCAGAAACUCCCGCCUGGUGACAACGGAGACAAGAAAUCAGAGGCCGAGGAAAUGGAGACGACGGCAGAAGAUGCCAAACAGGAGAAGAAGAACGACCAGCCUCCUCAGGCCAAGAAGCCCAAAGUGAAAACGAAGACGGUGGAGCUGCCCAUAGAGAACAAUCUGCACUGGCAGCUGUCCAGCGACGAACUGAAUGUGUUUGUGGAGAAUGAGGGGAAGAUGAUCAUGCAGGACAAACUGGAGAAGGAGAGAAACGACGCAAAGAACAACGUGGAGGAGUACGUGUACGAGAUGAGGGACAAGCUGCACGGCGUCCUGGAGAAGUUCGUGAAUGAAGCUGAUCGCGACGCGUUCUCAUUAAAACUGGAGGACACGGAGAACUGGCUGUACGACGACGGAGAGGACCAACAGAAACAAGUUUACAUCGACAAACUGGCUGAGCUGAAGAAACUCGGCCAGCCCAUCCACGAGAGGUACAUGGAGGCCGAGGAGAGACCGAGAGCCUUCGAGGAGCUCGGCAGACAGAUCCAGAUUUACAUGAAGAUCGUUGAGGCGUAUAAGGCAAAGGACGAGCUGUACGAUCACCUGGACGAGCUGGAGGUGACUCGGGUCAGCAAGCAGGUGAACGAGGCCAUGGUCUGGAUGAACAGCAAGAUGAACCAGCAGAACAACCAGGACCUCACGCUCGACCCAGUGGUCAAAGUCGGAGAGAUCCAGGCCAAGACUAAGGAGCUUUAUUCGGCCUGUAACCCGGUCGUGUCCAAACCCAAACCCAAAGUGGAGCCGCCGAAGGAGGAGGAGAAAACCGCGAACGGACCCGUCAACGGGCAGGAAGCAACGCAGACUCCACCGUGCAACCCCGACAAAGCAGCGUCCACGGGCUCGGAACAGGAAACGGCAGAGAACAAGCUGCCCGAGAUGGACAUUGACUAACUGUUCCUCCUCCCACUAAUCGUCCCGGUUCUGGUUCUGUCCUCCUUACGAGAUAGUUAUCGACCCCCGAGUAGCCUCUUCUCUUUUACCGGAGGCUCAGACGGCAGCAGCAUCUCUAAUCGAUACUAUUCCACGGGUCGGUCGGCCUCCUCGGCAUGUCAGUCACUUCUCAUUUUCUUUGACGAAUACUUCGAAAAAACAAAAACAAAA